CGCCCAUCUCCCUCUGUUUGCUACUGAGGUAUCGGUACAGGGGAAAGUGGGUGCUAUGGGUAAACGCAGUCCCUAACAUUCGCAAAUUAGCGUAACUAUCAGGACAGCAGCUCUACUAAAAACCGCAACCAUGUUCGGCCGGUCACGGAGUUGGGUUGGAGGACAGAGUAAAACGAAAAAUAUCCACUCCUUGGACCAUUUGAAAUACAUGUACCAUAUUCUCACCAAAAACACUACUGUAACGGAUCACAACCGAAACCUGCUCGUCGAGACCAUCCGCUCCAUCACAGAGAUCCUCAUUUGGGGGGAUCAGAAUGACAGCUCUGUGUUUGACUUUUUCUUGGAGAAGAACAUGUUUGUCUUCUUCUUGAACAUCCUGCGUCAGAAGUCUGGUCGCUACGUCUGUGUCCAACUGCUUCAGACCCUCAACAUACUGUUUGAAAACAUCAGCCACGAGACUUCAUUAUAUUAUCUGUUGUCGAACAACCAUGUCAACUCUAUCAUCGUCCACAAGUUCGACUUUUCAGAUGAAGAGAUAAUGGCUUACUAUAUUUCCUUCCUCAAGACUCUGUCUCUCAAGCUGAACAACCACACUGUGCACUUCUUCUACAACGAGCACACUAAUGACUUUGCCCUGUACACCGAAGCCAUUAAGUUUUUCAACCACCCAGAAAGCAUGGUUCGCAUCGCAGUUCGCACCAUCACACUCAACGUCUACAAAGUGUCAUUGGACAACCAGCACAUGCUGCACUACAUUCGAGAUAAGACAGCGGUUCCAUAUUUCAGUAACUUGGUCUGGUUUAUCGGCAGCCAUGUCAUCGAACUGGACAAGUGUGUGCAGACAGAUGAAGAGCAUAAGAACAGAGGGAAGUUAAGUGACCUGGUAGCAGAGCACCUGGACCACCUCCACUACCUGAAUGACAUCCUCAUCAUCAACUGUGAAUUUCUCAACGACGUGCUAACCGACCACCUCCUUAAUCGUCUCUUCCUGCCCCUCUAUGUCUACUCUUUGGUCAGUCCUGAGACGUCUGAAGAGCGGAAGAUUAAUCCCCAGGUGUCGCUCUACCUGCUGUCUCAAGUGUUUCUAAUCAUCCACUAUCAGCCCCUGGUCAACGCCCUUGCAGACGUUAUUCUCAAUGGAGACCUCUCUGUUUUCAGUUGCCAGCCAGAUGUUCACAGCACACACAAAAACAUGCAUGCCACCGCAGCAGGUGUGCGCCGCUUCGUCAAACCCUCAGAGUCUCUGGAGCGGUCCCUGGAAAUGUCUCGCCACCGGGGCCGCAAAAGAACUCAGAAAAGACCGAAUUACAAAAACCUGGGCGAGGAGGAUGACGAUAGAGCAGGGGGAGGCGGCAGCAGUUGUGCAGGAGAGGUGGAGGAAGGCUGGGAUGACGACGGCGGCAGAGGAGGAGAGAGGGAGAAGGGAAAAGGUACAGAGGGAUUAGGAGGAGGAGGAGGAAGUGGGAGCUCUAAGGGAGGCAGAGCGAGUGGGGAGAUGGCGGAAGAAAUUGAAAUGGUGGUGAUGGAAAAGUGUAGAGCAUCAGAACUGACUGAACAGAACAUCACCGAUGAAGAGAAGACCGCUGCUGCCACGAGAACACACACAGAAAGAAGCAGGCCGUUCCUGGACAUGGUGUACAGCGCCCUGGAGUGCACCAAUGAUGACUACCACGCUCUGUUUGUGCUCUGUCUACUUUAUGCUGUCUCACACAGCAAAGGUGUGAACCGUGAUCUUCUGGAGCGUCUGCAGUUGCCGGUUCCCGACCAGGAGAGAGGUUCUUACAGCGUGGUGCUUGUGGAAAAACUGAUCAGAAUAAUGAACCAGGCAGCGUUGCCAGAUGGGAAAGUUCGCCUCGCAACACUUGAGCUGUGCUGCCUUCUGUUGAAGCAGUCGGUUUUGUCGGGAAGCCACUGUAUAAUCAAAGAUGUCCAUCUAGCCUGCCUCGAGGGUGCCAGAGAAGAAAGUCUGCAUUUACUGCGGACCUUUUACAAGGGUGAAGAAAUCUUUCUGGACAUGUUUGAAGAUGAAUACAGAAGCAUGACGAGUAAACCUCUGAAUGUGGAGUACCUAAUGAUGGAUGCCUCCAUACUGCUGCCGCCCACCGGCACCCCUCUGACGGGUAUCGACUUUGUAAAGAGACUACCUUGUGGAGACGUAGAGAAGACCCGCAAGGCUAUUCGAGUGUUCUUCAUGUUGAGGUCAUUGUCACUUCAGCUUCAGGGAGAACCAGAAACUCAGCUCCCUUUGACCAGACCCGAAGACCUAAUCAAGACAGAUGAUGUCUUAGACCUCAAUAACAGUGACUUGAUAGCAUGUAUGGUAGUCAGCAAAGAUGGCAGCCAAGCCCAGAGGUUCCUCGCUGUAGAUGUGUACCAGAUGAGUCUAGUUGAACCAGAAACCAAACGUCUCGGUUGGGGAGUAGUCAAGUUUGCCGGCCUUUUGCAGGACAUGCAGGUGUCUGGUGUUGAGGACGACAGCCGAGCUCUGAAUAUUGUUAUUCAUAAACCGAGCUCCAACCCUCACGCCAAGCCCCUGCCAAUUCUGCAGGCCAACUUCAUCUUCGCCGAUCACAUCCGCUGCAUCAUCGCCAAGCAGAGACUCGCCAAGGGUCGCAUUCAGGCUCGACGCAUGAAGAUGCAAAGGAUUGCAGCUCUGUUGGACCUGCCGGUGCAGCCCAGUGCUACGGAGGUGAUGGGUUUCAGUCAGUCUGCCAGCCCCUCUCCCAGCGGCCUGCCGUUCCGAUUCUACGAGCAGUCCAGACGAGCGCCCAAUGAUCCCACUGCAAACAGAUCAGUAUUUGCUUCUGUCGACAAAGUACCAGGUUUUGCAGUGGCCCACUGUGUGCCCCAGCACAGUCCCUCACCGCUCUCCUCCCCAUCGCCUCCCUCCAGUGGGAGUGGAAGCACAGGGAGAUGCGACUCUGUUACUGCAAGCACUACGUCUGUUCAGAGCCCGUCAGACGAUUGUGCAUAUUUGGAGCACACUCCAUCCUCAUCCUCAGGCGGUGAAGGUGAAGGAGGAGGCGGAGAAGCUCCUUCUACUCCUUCAAACCCGGUCCCGGCUCCAGCCCUGGCGCCGAGCCUCACCCCGGCCUCCCAGCCCACCAUCUCCCUGCUGACGGACAGCAACGCUGACACGUUGAGCGUGGAGUCGCUCACGCUGCUGCCCCCCGCAGACUCCCCGCACCUGCAUCCGUGUGCUGUGGCCCACUCCCUACAGAGACCUGAAGCCUCCAUAAUGGAGGAGGAAGAGGAGAGAGAGGCUUGUAGGGAAAGAGAAGAGGAGCUGCAGGAAGAGGAUGGGUCGCUGAUGGACGAGACGGAGACGGAUGCUACGGUUAAAGACGAAACUACUGAAACAACUGACUUGAUCACACCUACUGAUGAAGGACCCGACGGAGCAGACCAGCAAGGUGAGGAUGCAUCUCUAGAGGUAGAAAGAGAGAGCGCAACAGCAACAGAGUCUGUGGAGACGACACACGCCGAAACAGCAGAGUCACCUGAACUGGAUUAAACAGCCUCACAUUUCUAUGUUCACA